UCACUGAUAGUUUGUUUUGGUUUUUUUUUUGCCGGGCCUGUGGAGCGGUGCGCAUGUUCUUCAUAACACGUAUUCUUAGCGUGUUAUGACGGUAGUAACGGGCAGAAGUACAGACUUAUUUGUUGAAUAAUGGCCCGGUCACGGGCAUUGUGUGGAGUGUGAAAACGAUAAAAAAACGGCAAAGGGCAGAGUGAUUGACUGGUCGUUAAGUUAUAUGGUGCAGGGUGGUGGAAGCAGGAGUCGAUGAAUUUGGCUAGCCAGAGCGGGGAGACUGGCUCUAGCCAGCUGCUCUUCGCUAACUUCAACCAGGACAACACAUCCUUAGCUGUUGGUGCGAAGUCUGGCUACAAGUUCUUUUCACUGUCAUCUGUGGAUAAACUCGAACAGAUUUAUGAGUGCACUGACACAGAGGAUGUGUGUAUUGUGGAGCGUCUUUUUUCCAGCAGUCUUGUUGCCAUUGUUAGCCUUAAAGCACCACGCAAGUUGAAGGUGUGUCACUUUAAGAAAGGGACAGAAAUCUGCAAUUACAGCUACUCUAACACAAUACUGGCUGUUAAACUGAAUCGACAGAGAUUGAUAGUGUGUUUAGAGGAAUCCUUGUACAUUCACAAUAUUCGAGACAUGAAGGUGCUUCACACAAUCAGAGAUACACCUCCUAAUCCUACAGGUCUCUGUGCAUUGUCUAUAAAUAAUGAAAACUGUUACCUAGCCUAUCCUGGGAGUGCAAUAAUCGGUGAAGUACAGGUAUUCGACACUAUUAAUCUGAGAGCUGCUAAUAUGAUCCCUGCCCAUGACAGCCCUCUGGCAGCAUUAGCGUUUGAUCCAAGUGGUUCAAAACUUGCUACAGCUUCAGAAAAGGGAACAGUGAUUCGAGUGUUUUCCAUUCCAGAAGGACAAAAGAUUUUUGAAUUCCGAAGAGGAGUUAAGAGGUGUGUUAGUAUCUGCUCUUUAGCCUUCAGUGCAGAUGGAAUGUUUCUGUGUGCCUCCAGUAACACAGAAACUGUGCACAUAUUCAAGCUUGAAACUGUGAAGGAGAAACCACAAGAAGAGCCAACCACUUGGACAGGUUACUUUGGAAAAGUGUUGAUGGCUUCUACAAAUUACUUGCCAUCCCAGGUCACUGAGAUGUUUAACCAGGGAAGGGCAUUUGCAACAGUCAGAUUACCCUUCUGUGGACACAAAAAUAUCUGUGCACUUGCCAUGCUAGAUGGCAGUAUUGAGUCAAGCAAUGAAAUUUUAGAGCCUACAGCACAUGAUCGACCACUGGUGACACAGACAUACAGUGCGGCUGUUGCUAAAGGCACUUAUGUGCCAUCUUCGCCAACAAGACAUGGGUAUUCUGAGGACCAGGGGGCAGCAGGUGGAGUUAACCUUGAGGAUGAUAUAAAUGCAUUGCGACUGGAUGAAGAAAAUGAGCAUCCCCCUAUGAUUUUGCAGACUGACUGACCUGCAACUUGUGAACAUUAACUUUUGAAGCAAAAACACUGUUUCAUUCAUAGGAAAGACUCUUGUGCAAUGCUGCUAUGAACAUUUUUACCUAACUGAAACAGAUAGAGGGGAGAGACAAAGAAAAACUGAAAUGGUAUAAAAAUGUAUAGUUGUAGUAAGUUGAAUACCGAUGUGCAAAAUAUAUUGAUUUAAUUUCAGUGGCUUUUUAUUUUGCUUAUCUGUCUUAACAGCGAAUUUUCUUUAAGAAAACCACUUGCUUAUGCAGUGUAUGAGCCUCUUAGCUUUGCAUGUGUAUAUGUGCCAAGCAUAGAAAUAGUAGAAGCCACUUUAAUCUUAUGCAAAAUUCAUAAUGUUUUUGUCCUUUGGAAGGUUUUUUUUCUAAGUACUGUGUAACAUAAUCAGAGGUAGGUGUCCUUAAAAUAGGUAUGCCUAGAUUUAGUAAAAUACAGCUGCAGGAAUGGUUCAUUGUAAUACUUAGCAACAAAAUCUGCAGCUUUUUUUGCAGUACCAUUUGUCUUUAAGCAGGUAAUAUCCCCCGAUUUGUAUUUGUACUGCAUGUGUAUAGUUGAGGAGUCUUCUAAAGUUAGCACUUUUGCAUCCCUUAGGUUCUUAAGAAAUCUGUUGAUACUUCUAAGAGAAGUUCAAGUUCCCCUUUAUGCAGUGUUGCCCCUUUUGUUAGUUAAGAUGAUUUAUUAUGCAAUGUUAAUUUAUAAAUUUCUUUUACGGAAUUUGCACUGAUAUAAAGUCUAAGGUCCAAAAUAACUUAAUCAGGUUAUGAACGUUUUCAAUGCGGAAUUACUGGUUCACAUCAAGAUCACAGAGUUUUUUCUUAUUUAUGUAACUGAAGAUUUGUGAUGUUUACAUUUAUUUUGUGUCUUUUUAGGUAGGAUGGGUGCACUGAAUUGGUUUGGCUCUAGAUGCGCCAUUGAAAUAUGAGAAAGUUCAAGUAUUCUAUCCCACUUAUUGCCAUGUAAGUGGUGUGUGUGUGUAUGUAUGUAUGUGUGGGGGGUCUCAAAUCAUUUGAUUCAAGUUUGCUGUGAAGUAGAAUAAAUUUACAGAUUUCAACUUUGUAAACAUUUAGCAUUUUAAGAGCAACAGUUUGAGCACUAAGUUAUAAGGUAGUAAGCUUGUUUAGGAUAAAAAAGUAAAGCAGAGAUAGAAUUUGAACUAAAUUCAGGGAUUCCUUCUCCUGUCACCAACCCCUGAAGAAAUAUAUAAUGUGAUGUGAUUACUUUAACCAUCCUUUAAGCCAAAUAAGUUGUGGCCCUUUGUGAAAAUUGCGUGUGAAGUGUACUUACCAGAGAUUUUAACCAGUAUAUGUAGCUGUCCUGCUCAUUUUUUUCAUUUAUGUACAAAAAUUCAGGUCAUAAUAUAAAAUGCAGAGUUGAAGUCCUGGAAAUAAUUAACACUGGCUUGAAUACACAAGUCUGAGAGUCUUUGCUUUUAUAGUUGUAGGUUAAGCAGCUAAUUGGUGGUGCAUUAUGUUAGACCAUACAUUUGGAUAAAGAACCUGAAAAGAAGAGUGUACCUCUAAAAGGCAGUGUCUUCCACUUGUCUGGAUAAAACUAAAAUGCUUUACAGUAAUCCAAGUUUGUGAAUGUAUAUCCACUCCCAGCUGCUGCAGUCAAAAGUGAGCCCUUUGUGUUGGUUUGUCAUCUGUGCUUCUCAGCUUUCAUGAUCAGCUAAGCAUCCUCAUAUUUAUAUGUUUUGUAAGAUUCCACAGUGCUGCUGAUAUUAAGAUUUUGGGCAUUUGGGAAGAAGGAUUUGUAGUACUUUUCUGAUAUGCAUCACACUGGUUUAUAAGUUUUACUUUGGUGGCAUUAAACAUUGUUUCCACUGAA